ACUUAUAUGCUACUCGUCAUGCGAGACUAUAAUCAAGCUAGUGUCUCGCCACCCACACUCCCGCCGCCGCCGCAACCUCUCGAUGACCGAGCCAACCGACGCACAUUCUACUGCCGCAAACUGGCUUGCAGCAUUCGCACGAGCGGUCAGUGAUGGGGAUGCACAGCGUGUCGCAGCGACGUUCCUUACAGACGGCUGGCUAAGAGACGUUCUCACUUUCGUCUGGGACACCCGAUCCCUCCAUGGGCGGGAGGUAAUCCAACGCUACCUUACAGAAUCGAACCGCCUCUCUCUAGCCCAAGUUGCCAAUAUCGCUCUCGAGAAAGACCCAUUCUACACACCACGUGAGUCGUUCGCCCCAACAGGCGAUCGGGUUGGCGUCGAGACCGGGUUCACGUACGAGACGCGAUAUGCCCUUUGCCGAGGCUAUGCACACUUGCGGCAAGUUGAGGAUGGCACUUGGCAGGCUAUCACCGUUGGCAUGAUUGCCCUCGACCUCAAGGCUCAUCCUGAGCCGGCGAAUGUCGCUGCCGACCGGGAAGCCUCCGGUCGGACCUGGGAUGAGCUCGAGGUCGAGCGAAAGGCGAAGAUCGAAUCUGACCCGCAUGUCGUCAUUAUUGGAGCUGGACAAUGUGGCUUGAACACUGCUGCGAGGUUCCGGCAGAUGGAUAUCUCGACUUUGGUCAUUGAGAAGAACGCGCGCAUCGGCGACAACUGGAGAAAGAGGUACAAGAGUCUCUCCCUCCAUACUCCGGACUUCUAUGGUCAAUCGUUGUAUCAGCCCUACCCAUCUAACUGGCCCGAGUAUGCGCCCAGGGACAAAGUUGCGGACUGGUUUGAGUCGUACGCCGUCAAACAGCAUCUCACGAUCUGGACGAAGAGCGCCCUCGCUACGCAGCCCCGAUAUGAUGAAUCCGAGGGUGUUUGGCACAUCGCAGUCGAUCGCGACGGCAAGACCGUGAUGCUGCGCCCCAAGCACAUCGUGCUCGCAACAGGCAUACACGGCGUACCACGAGUACCCGACCUGCCCGACCGGGCCAGCUUCGCAGGCGCGGUGCUGCACGCGGCACAAUUCGUCGAGCCAGGGCCCUUCGCAGGUCAAAGCGUCAUUGUCGUCGGCGCCGGAAACUCGGCCAUCGACAUUUGUCAGGACCUCGCCACGAGUGGCGCGGCAUCAGUGACCAUGGUGCAGCGCUCGCAAACUUGCGUCGUCUCGCGAAGCUCUGUCAAGGAAGACAUGCGACACAUCUGGCUUCCUGGCGAGCCCGUCGCCGUCGGUGACUUCAAGCUCUCGGCGCAGCCGCUCGGGUUUUUCAAGGCGAUGGCCCAGAGCAUGCCUGAGGUGCUCUGGGCGCGCGAGAAAGAGCUACACGAGAAAUUGCGCAAAGGCGGACUUGAGUUGUAUCAGGGGCCAGAGGGAGAAGGGCAACUUCUGUUGGUCUUUGAGCGUGGUGGAGGCUUUUGGCUGGACAAGGGUGGGGCGGACCUCAUCGCGUCAGGUCAAAUCAAGAUCAAGCAAGGCUCUAGUCCAAAGUCCUUCGCGGAAGACGGCUUGGUCUUCUCCGACGGAUCCAAGCUACCCGCGGACGCGGUGAUCUUUGCGACGGGCUAUGAGCCCAUUCGCAAUGUCCAUAAGCACACUUUCGGCGAGGAGGUGAUUGGCCGCACGAGCAAGGGCUGGGGGCUUGACGAAGAGAGCGAAAUAGAAGGUUGUUUUAGGCCCUCAGGCCAUCCAGCGCUAUGGUACGCCAUUGGCGAUUUGUUCAACUCUCGGUUCAUGUCGAAGCAGCUGGCUAUUCUAAUCAAGGUAGCUGACCUGGGGUUAUACAAUCCUGAGCAGGAUCAGCGAAAGGGGCUGUAA